AUCAUCCGCUUCCUAUAGAGAAUCAUCACACAAAUACGGAUAUCUCUCGCAAUUCGAUUCUCUUUUCUUUUUUUCUCAUUUUUGUUUGAUUUUGGGGAAAAACAAACAAACAAAACACACAAUGUUCAACAAAGGAGCUGGUUCAUCAUCAACCAAUGGCGGCAUCGGAGCAGACUCACCAUACCUCCAAAAAGCACGUUCGGGCAAAACAGAGAUCAGAGAACUCGAAGCGGUCUUCAAAAAAUUCGACGUGAACGGAGACGGAAAGAUCUCUUCAAAGGAGCUAGGUGCAAUAAUGAAGAGCCUAGGUCACGAGGUACCUGAAGAAGAGUUGGAGAAAGCCAUUACCGAGAUAGACCGUAAAGGUGACGGCUACAUAAACUUCGAGGAGUUCGUUGAGCUGAACACAAAAGGUAUGGAUCAGAACGAUGUCUUGGAGAAUCUUAAAGAUGCCUUCUCCGUUUACGAUAUCGACGGGAAUGGUUCCAUCUCCGCUGAGGAGCUGCAUGAGGUUUUGAGGAGUCUUGGUGAUGAGUGCUCUAUCGCUGAGUGUAAGAAGAUGAUUGGUGGUGUUGAUAAGGAUGGUGAUGGUACGAUUGAUUUUGAGGAGUUUAAGAUUAUGAUGACUAUGGGAUCUAGACGUGAUAACGUCAUGGGUGGUGGUGCUCAGAGGUAGAGUUUUUAAUUAACGUCUCUCACGCUGCCGAGCUCGUUUCUUUGUUCCUUUUCUUCGUCUCCUUCAUUGUUUAUUUCCACCAUUGUUUUCAAUCUCUGUUGUUUUUGUUUGUUUCUUUUCUUCUUUGGGAUUUGUGAUUCCCUUUUUAAUCUAACGUUAUUUUUUUCUUUCUAACCCAUUUUUUCGUGUGUUAUAUAUAUUCAGUUCUGAUUUAGAACUGAAUAAUUUGAAUGCAUAUACAGUAAGAUUUAUGUGAAUAAAUAAUAAUGAGAAGUCUCAAUUC